CUAGUAAUGAGCAAGCUGUUCCAGUUUUCCUGUUGGUUUGGCGUCUCAGGAUAUGGGAAGCCGAUUUGGAGGGCUUGGACUUCGGUACUAGUUAUACUCUUACUUUUUAUCGAAGGUGUGGCAAUAUGGAAAGUUGUGAAGGCCCUAGCUGGAUGGGCAGUUGACACCGUUGGUCAUAGAAGCGUAACAGCACGCCUGGCUGGUACAAUGUUUUACUUUAUAUCAAUAAUGUCCAUCAUUCUUUGCUCAAGACUGUCGUAUUCUUGGCGAAAUUUGUCUAAAUACUGGGCCUCUGUGGAAAGAGCCGUAGCCAUCAACAUACCAGAGGAUGUGAAUAUAAAGAAGCGGUUGAUAUUUGUCAUCGCUGGGAUGGCGUUUUGUACUUUUUCUGAACAUUUGACGAAUGCGGUUACAUUAGUCGGCUUUGAAUGUCCUCCAUCAGAAAUAUUGAAACAGUACACGCUAUUGUCACAUGGAUUCAUGAUAAUGGAAAAGGACUUUUCUGAAUGGUACGUGAUACCAUUAGUUUACUUAAGCAUUAUAGCAACGAUAUUAUGGACCUUCCACGACUUGCUUAUAAUAUUAAUAAGCAUCGGGCUAACAUCCCGAUAUAACCGGCUCAAUAGAUAUGUAGCACAUGUAUGUGAAUUAGAAAAUAAGGGCACGAGGAGACAUCCAGACGUAGAAAUAGUGUCAAUAUACACUUGGCGUAAAAUAAGAGAGGCGUAUGUAAAACAGGCCUUAUUGGUACGAAAAAUGGAUGACGAAUUGGGCGGUUUGAUAAUGCUGUCCAGUUUAUGCAACUUUUAUUUUAUUUGCCUCCAGUUAUUUAUGGCUAUUACCCAGGAUAAAGUAACGACUUUACGAAGAAUAUACUACUUCGUGUCCCUCGGUUGGCUGUGCAUCAGAGUAGGUGGUGUAGUGUUAGCUGCAUCAGCCGUUAAUGUUAGAUCCAAAGCAGCACUCCAGUAUAUCUAUGGUUGUGAUGCAAACAUUUAUAAUAUUGAGGUGAGAAGAUUACAGGGUCAACUAGCCAAAGAUUACAUAGCUUUGACUGGAAUGGGCUUUUUCUCUCUAAAUAAAAAUAUUUUGCUGCAGGUUAAUGGCCGCGUCAAUAAUAACCUAUGA